AUAGUCGCGGAGCGCAGCACGAGAUCUCGUAGCUUCCAGCGGACUCUCCUCGCCGCACCACCAACUUGUCACCAAAGAUGGCGAUUUGCUGAGUGCUCAUGGAUACACACAUUUCUCGGCUAGUUGUUAUCUCGCCCGAAACGCCAACUUUGAAAACAAACUAAGUGCUUAGCGAGCGACUAUUUCUCCAUUUGAAGCACAUCUGACGCAGCGUCAGCCGCCGCCGCCAUGCAGAUCACGCUGAAAACCCUGCAGCAGCAGACUAUUCAGAUUGAGAUAGACCCCGAACAAACGGUGAAGGCCUUGAAAGAGAAGAUAGAAGCAGAAAGAGGAAAAGACAACUUUCCUGUAUCGGGACAGAAGCUGAUAUACGCUGGGAAAAUCUUGCAGGAUGACACGCCAAUUAAGGACUACAAAAUUGACGAGAAGAAUUUCGUUGUAGUGAUGGUGUCCAAGGCUAAGCCCGCAGCUGCAGCCUCGCCGCCAGUCUCGGAAGCGCCCAAGCCUCCCGUACAGGAUUCCGGCUCGACAUCAACAGCUGCCCCGACCACAAACCCAGCUUCAGCCCCAACCCCAACCCCAGCAGCUGUCCCCAUUCCUCCCGAGGAGGCCAAACAGGAGCCAAGUGCCGCAGCCACAGAACCACAACAACCAGCCAGCUCCAGUGGCGGGAGUCAGGGCUUGGAUGCCUCCUCAGCGCUCGUGACCGGAGCCGAGUACGAGGCCAUGCUGACAGAGAUCAUGUCUAUGGGCUACGAGAGGGAGCGAGUGGUGGCGGCGCUACGGGCCAGUUUCAACAACCCCCACAGAGCUGUGGAGUACCUCCUCACUGGUAUCCCCAGCAGCCCAGUCCAGGAAAGCAAUCCCCCAGCGCAGGCUCCCGCAUCUGGACCCACAGAAGCCCCGUCUCUAGCAGAAGGAGAGAACCCACUUGCAUUCCUGCGGACUCAGCCCCAGUUCCUGCAUAUGAGACAGGCCAUCCAGCAGAACCCUGCUCUGCUACCGGCUCUUCUCCAGCAGUUAGGACGAGAGAAUCCUCAACUUCUACAGCAAAUCAGUCAGCAUCAGGAGCUGUUCAUCCAGAUGUUGAACGAGCCAGUGGGCGAAGGCGGCGAUGCACCGGAGGUUGGAGAGAUGGGGGCGGCGGGUGAGGAGGGCGCGCCCGUCAACUAUAUCCAGGUUACACCUCAGGAGAAGGAAGCCAUCGAAAGGUUAAAAGCGUUGGGUUUCCCUGAGGCGCUGGUGAUCCAGGCCUACUUUGCCUGCGAGAAGAACGAGAACCUGGCGGCCAACUUUCUCCUCAACCAGGGACUGGAAGACGACUGAACGGCGGAGGAUCGCUGCCUUCCUGCUCCUCCCUCCUACCCUUCCUCCCCCCUCCACCUCUUCUCUAG